GUCAUCGUUUCUUCCGCCCUGUUUUGUGUGUAACACGGUGUGACGCCGCUCGUAACAGCAUAACAAACCGCUUCUUCUUGAUACAUUCAACAGUACAUUUUUAAUCAAAGUUAAGGAGAUGGACGACCAGGGCUGUCCGCGGUGUAAGACCACCAAGUACAGGAACCCGUCGCUGAAGCUAAUGGUGAACGUCUGCGGCCACACGCUAUGUGAGAACUGCGUGGACAUGCUGUUUGUGCGCGGCUCGGGGAACUGCGUGCAGUGCGACACGCCCCUCAGGAAGAGCAACUUCCGCGUGCAGCUCUUCGAAGACCCCGCCGUCGACAAGGAGGUGGAGAUCCGCAAGAAGCUGCUGAAGACGUUCAAUAAGAGAGACUUUGACUUCCCCAGCCUGGCAGCGUAUAACGACUACCUGGAGAAGAUAGAGGAAAUAGUGUACAACCAGACCAACAACGUGGAGGUGGAGGGCACCAAGCAGAUCAUCGAGCAGUACCAGAGGGAGAACCGCGAAGUCAUCCAGAGGAACAAAGUCAAGCUGACGCGGGAGCAGGAGGAGCUGGAGGAGAUGCUCCUGUUGGAGCAGCAGGGCACGGAGCAGCGCCGGCUGGACCUCCUGCAGGACGAGCAGAGGCAGCUGCAGGCCAAACGCAAGAACAAGCAGGCGCUGCUGGACGAGCUGGAGCGGUCCCGGGUGCCCGCCACCAUCCUGCUGGCCCAGCACAAGGACCGCGUGGCCCAGCUGGAGACCCAGAUAGAGAAGCAGAAGCAGGCGGUGAAGACCUCCACCGUGUUCUCCACGGGGAUCCUCAUGGGCCAAACAGUGUCCCUCCAGCCCAUGGCCAAGAUAGAGGAAGUCCUUUACCGCUACCAGCCUCUUUUCAUCGAAACCUACGGACCCCCGGUACCAGAGCUGGACCAUCUGGGAAGACUCGGGUAUCUGAAGCACGUGCGCGCCGCCUUGCCCCAGGACACGGCCGGGGGCUACUCCUCUGGCCUGGCGUGUCACCGGGCCCUGCAGGACGCCUUCAGCGGACUGUUCCCGAUCCAGUUCUGACCGGCAGGGCGGCGCAGGGGACCGAUUCACGGUCCGUGAGAAACGCCAACGACCAAACCACCCGGACGCGGGGUUAGCGCUGCUGUUGUGAAGUAGGAGCUUUAGCCUGUUCACUUUUCACAGAAGUUUUUAUUUUAUGAAGUUUGUAUUAUUUUUAUAUGUAAAUAAAUCAUUCUGAUUGUU